UUUGGCUCCAGGUAUUUUGCCGUGGGCAGGAUGUCGUCAGGCCUCGGUGACCACUCCUCGGACUUUAGCGACUACGCCAACUGGUCGCUGGAGGAUUGGCAGGGGACGGAGGACGACUGGUGCGAAGCGGGCGAGCAGGAGGCCGCCAUCAAGGUGUUCCAGACGUGUCUCUUUGCCGCCUUCUUCCUGUCGGGCGUGGCGGGGAACCUUCUGGCCGUGGCCACCUUUGCAGCCAAGCGCCAGCGCUCUGCCACCGACACCCUCCUGUUCCAGCUGGCGCUGGCCGAUCUGCUCCUGCUGCUGACGCUGCCGUUGCAGGCGGCUGACACCAACGUGGGCUGGAUCUUCUCGGCGCCGGCGUGCAAGGCCGCGCGCGCCGUCUACGCCGUCAACACGUACGGCGGCCUGCUGCUGCUGGCAUGCAUCGCCGCCGACCGCUACCUGGCCGUGGUCCCAGCACGGCGCCACCUUCGCCGCCGCGCUCGGCCGGCGGUGACGGCGGCGGCGGUCUGGCUGGCGGCGGCACUCCUCAGCCUGCCUGAGGUCCUCUUCUCGGGCGUGGCGGGCUCCGGGGGCGCCGCCUACUGCGGCAUGCUGGCCGACGCUCGUGUCAAAAAGGCCGCCGCUGGCAUCGCCGUGGGCGUCUUCUCCCUGUCCUUCCUGGUGAUGGCGACGUGCUACGGCGGCAUCGCUCGAGUUUUGUGGGCGGUAGGGGGCGGGGCCUUUGGCGGCUGGCGGCGCCAGCGCACCUUGAAGCUGAUGGCGGCGCUGGUGGCGCUCUUCCUGCUCUUCCAGCUGCCCCACAGCGCGGUGCUGUGCGUCAAGAUGGCGCGGCCCCUUUGCGCCCCGCUGCUGGAGUACGUCACGCGCAGCCUGGUGUACGCCCGCUGCUGCCUCAACCCAGUCGUCUACGUCCUGGCAGGCCAGCGCUUCCGCCGAGAUGCGCUGCGCCUCCUCCGCCUCCGGGCUGCCUCGCCGUAAUCCCACGCCGACGUGCCGUGCGCGCU